GUCAAAUCAAAACGUGUUUGGCAGUCCACCACCACCUGAGCCUCACCCCCAUUUUUUUCGCCCUCUGCUCCCCUACCCCAUCAUUCAUUACUUCUUACCAUCAGUGGAUUCGGCAAAGUAGUAUCUGGAAUCUAUCUACGGUCUCAAACCCUUUGUCUUCUUCGCUUCUCUUCUUCUUCUUCUCCUUCUUCUUCUUCUUCGUCUUCUUCUUCUUUCUUCUUAGCUCCUUGGUAAGAAAAGAUGCACAGAUCGUCGAGCACAUCUCGAGCCUCUGAGGAAUUCUUUGCUCACCUCUCCUCACCAUUGCCAUCGUCGAAGGGCUCUCAGGGUGUGAAAACUGCAGAGAACAGUGAGUUGCCUACCUAUGAUCCCCUGUCCGAGGCGGCGAAAAAGGAGAAGUCCCGUAUUAAAUUUGCAGAGAACGCUGUCCAUCUAAUACCUGUAGUGCUUGUUCUAUGUGCCAUCAUUCUCUGGUUUUUCUCCAACCCAGCAGUUGAAAUGGUGAAUAAAGAUGAUUCAGUUCUUGCCAGAAUCAAGGGGUUGACAAUCGACGGUAACAUCAACAACAAUGGUCAGAUUGGCGUGCCAGCUGCCUUGGAUCAACCAGCCCGAAAGUCAGAUCAAAAGAAAGUUUUCAGGAAGAGAAACUGAGUGAUGUUCUUCAAAAGAACCUCAACUCUCUGUUAUUUGUUUUCCAAUUCAACCAUGACAGCUUUCAGAUUGAGCUUGAGCAUGUAUUCCAAGUUCUUUCUUAAUGAAAUUGUUCUAUUUCUAACUUGCA